AGCCAGGACGGAUUCUGCCGAGUCCACGUCUAGAGCAUGCCUUACAUGCAUAAGGGAACAGAACAGAGAGCGACGCCUUUUUCCGGCAUUCAGCUAACAGGAGCCACCGGAACACCAUAUAGCAAAGAAAAAACAACGAGUGCAUCACAAUCGUCUCUCCGAGAUCAUGGGUUUGACUGAAGAUUUUGAGCAGGCCGCCAAGGAGGUGUCCGAGAAGAUCAACAAGACGAUGACUGACGACGAGCUCAAGGAGAUCUAUGCCUUCUACAAGCAAGGAUCCGUGGGCGACAUCAACACGGAGCGUCCCGGUAUGUUAGACUUCAAGGGCAAGGCCAAAUGGGAUGCCUGGAACUCGAAAAAGGGCAUGGCUCAAGACAAAGCCAAGGAGGAGUACAUUGCAUUUGCCAAGAAGAUGAUGGAGAAGCAUGGAACCCGCGCCUAACUUUGACCCAAGCUUGAUUGAAGAAUCUAAACCUGAUCAUGUUACCAUCCAAUUGAUCAAUUGAUAUUUUUAUAAUAAAAGAAAAAACCGAAAUAAAUGCAUAACAUUUCGAGUCAAA